AUGGGCGCCGGCUCGUCCAUCCAUCGCCCGACCAAGUCCAAAAGCAAUGCGGAGGUGGUUGCUUCGCUCCGGUCCAACUUCGAAGCGAGCUAUGCAAUCUUGCCAGCCAAUGGACAUCCGAAUGGAAGCGUGAAGGCACCUCCACCGACUAAGCCAAGCUACAAGACCUGGACUCGACAGAAAGGCGAUGUUUUGGAGGUGCCUGCUCUAGACUUCACAUAUUCCGCGUUACAGGAGGAGCGUGAGCAGUACGACAUCACCCUUAAGCUGUUCUAUCUACCCGGCGCAUCGACCGGGAACCGUGCCCUGCAAACCCGAGAAGCUUUAGAUCUCGUUUUGCAGGAGCUUCACAUGCCAUCCGUGGAUUUGCUCAUCGUCUCUUUUCCAGGUAUUUACUUUGAUGAACAAGAGGAUUGUCCCGACAAGCUUUCUACCCGUGGUCCUAUUGAAGCCGAGCCCGAGCGCCUGGAAGCACAGAUUAAAGCCUGGAAGACACUCGAGGAACUGCACGACGAAGGCUUGGUCAAGAAACUGGGCAUAGCGGAGUUCGGGCACGACAGAUUACUUGCUCUGCUUGACCGGACUCGCAUCAAACCGUCUGUGGACCAGAUCAACCUCCGGGAUUGCUGUUCUGUGCCUAAAGAUCUCAUGGCGUUGGCUAAGAGCCGCGGCGUGGAGUUGCUCGUGCACAAUGACUGCUCGAACAUCCUGCCACGAGGGACGGUGCGGGAUUUGUUGGGCUCGGGCGAGCACGGGGCGAGUGUGCUUGCGGAGCCGACGAAGACUGGCGACAAGCGGAAAAGUCUGCAUGGCGAGGAGAGCAAGGAUGGCGAAGUGCAAAGUUCUGGCAUUACUGGCGAAGUGCAGCCGCAAUGGGUGGUAAAAUAUACGGCUGUGGUUAAGAAUCGAGGCGUAGUGGAGAAUAAGGGCUACUUUGCUGUGGCGGAAGUCACCGAUUGA